AUGGACAUCCAAACGUUUGAAUGGCCACACGCCAUUGGAACUCAAGGCAACUUGGCGUCGAAUUGCUGCCGCCUCGGGCCGUACGCGGGCAUCAAGUUCAAUCUCUUUGAACAACUGCAAACGCUGGCCAAUCACACCCGGCGCAUCGUGCAAGUCGACGGCGUCCGGGGGUUCCGGGGGUUCCGGGUGCACGUCCGGACUCGUGGGGCCAUCCCGUUCGAAGGCAUCCAGUUUGCGUGCUACGAAUAUGGCAAAACGUAUACAACGACCCGCCGCUGGCCACAUAACAAGACCCACCUGCAGACCAAACCCUAA